AUGUCUGUGGUACUCUCAAAUGCUUUGCAGGACUCUACAGAGUCUGCGGACUGGGACGAGGAAGCUUGGCGCGAUUGGAUGGAGGAGGAAUCGGGUUUCGUUGACAAAUUUGCAUUUGGGGAUGCUUUACCGGCACAGCUAGCUGAAGAGAAAGUCAUACUAUUGAGGUGUGGCAUGUCAGACACCAAUGCAACACGAAUCUUCAUAAGCUGUGGGGACCCUGCGUACCAAAUCGACCCAAGUCUGGUGCUGGAUCAUGAUCAUUUCAUCUUCGCCUUCGUCCAAGAACCCGAUUCUGCAAACCAACACAGUAUUCCUCACGUCCAAAUCACAAUAGUGUGGCACCCACGUCAAUCACUCCACCGAUCUGUCUCCUUGUUUGAGGACUCCAACAUCUCCCGCGCUUACUUCUCGGACUCAAUGCCUCAUCACUCCAUAGCCGAGGUCCAGAUCAAAUUCUCAGUCUUAGCCCAGGAGACAUGGCUGCGAGCCUUGGAUGCUAGAGAAUUGUCGAUCCACUACAUGAGCAACGGAAUCAGAUCCCUACAAGGGCCUGUUGGUCGUUUAUGGCAAACAAGUCUCGACGAUUCGUUGGCCCAACAACAAUACCUCAGUGCUGUCAACCCGGAGAUACUGCUUCAGACACCAUUCAUUGAUACUGUAUCAACACCUGGGCCGCGCACGCCCAUGACUAUCGUGCACGUUCGCAACGAAGAAGGGAAAGAGCAGAGGAUAAAAGCAGUCCCGGUCUCGCAGAUGAAAAGCGAUGAUGAGUGCGAAGUGCGACUGUGUUCUACAUCAUGA